UCUUCGCAAGUGUCAUGGCGUCUCCCUUGAAGGGGGCUUGGUCCUGAGGUCUAGCCAUUGUCUUUAGUGUUUUUCUUCUUUAAAUAGAUCUGGUUCAAUAUUUUAUUGUCAAAAGGAAUAUUUUUCAAGACAAAGUCGUCAACAUGGGGACUGUCCACGCCAGGAGUAUGGACCCUCUUCCAAUGCAUGGGCGUGACAUGGCUGUUCACCCAGAUGACAUGAUUGAGGUGCAGGAGGCAGAACAAGAGACUAAACAAGAGAUUCUGGAAAACAAAGAUGUUGUUGUCCAACAUGUCAACAUUGAGGGCCUGGGCAGAACAAAAGAGGAUCUCCUCGGCUAUGAAAUCUCAGAGGUCUUCGAGGCUAAAAACCUAAUUGAUGUCAUGAAGAAGUCUCAUAUUGCCAGGCAGAAACUGCUGCGUCUGGGCAUUUUCAAAGAGGUGGAGGUCGUCAUUGACACAUCAGAUGGUGCUGAUGCAUUGCCCAACGGUCUGGAUGUGACUUUCGAGGUGACUGAGAUGAAGAGGCUGACUGGUAGCUACAACACCAUGGUUGGGAACAAUGAGGGUAGCAUGGUGUUGGGUGUGAAGCUGCCUAAUGUUUUUGGCCGUGCUGAGAAGCUCACCUUCCAAUUCUCCUACGGUACCAAGGAGACUUCCUACGGAUUGUCCUUCUUCAAACCCCAACCGGGCAACUUUGAACGCAACCUCACUCUAAAUCUGUACAAAGUUACUGGACAGUUUCCAUGGAGCUCACUAAAGGAGACGGACAGAGGAGUCUCCACCGAGCUCAACUUUCCUCUUUGGAGGACCAACCACACUCUGAAGUGGGAGGGUGUGUGGCGAGAACUGGGCUGUCUGGCACGCAGUGCCUCCUUUGCCGUGCGCGAAGAGAGCGGACACACCCUCAAGUCCGCCCUCUCGCACACGGUAUCCAUUGACACCAGGAACUCUGCCAUCUUCCCCAAGAAAGGUGCCUUACUAAGGAUCAACCAGGAGCUAGCUGGUUACACAGGUGGAGAUGCCAGCUUCUUGAAGGAGGACUUUGAGCUGCAAGUAAACAGACGGCUGGUCUGGGACUCUGUCCUGUCUGCCUCUCUAUGGGGUGGGUGUCUCUUCCCCAUUGGAGGCAGUCCAUCCUCCAUUGCUGACCGGUUCUAUUUGGGUGGUCCCACCAGUGUGCGUGGAUUUGGAAUGUACAGUAUCGGCCCACAGAGUGAAGGUGACUACCUGGGAGGAGAAGCAUACUGGGCAGGCGGUCUCCACCUUUAUACACCUCUACCCUUCCGUCCAGGCCGGGGUGGCUUUGGCGACCUUUUCAGGACACAUUUCUUCCUCAACGCUGGGAACUUGUGCAACCUCAACUACGGAGAGGGUCCAAGAGCACACCUACAGAAGCUAGCAGAGUGUAUUCGCUGGUCGUACGGGGCAGGCAUUGUGUUGCGUCUGGGCAACAUUGCCAGGCUGGAGCUCAACUACUGCAUUCCCAUGGGGGUUCAAAGUGGAGACAGGAUAUGCGACGGUGUCCAGUUUGGAGCAGGAAUCCGUUUCCUGUGAUGUUAUCACUGUUCUGCCUCAAGUAUAGUGGCAGAGAGCACAAUGGGGAAAGGAGAAGAGCAUUGUUUUCACUCGUUAGCCAUUGUAGAAGUGUUGUAACACUAGAUGUGGGAGCCAACCAGAAUGCACUGUCCUGGCGGACAACCCCCCCCCCCCCCCGUUUCAAUAUUACCCAAUUAUAUCACCUACAGUUUGUUGUGUUCCUUGUCCACCAAUCAAUUACGUUCCAAACAAAGACAUUUUGGCAUGUCUCCCCCUACCUUCCAGGACUGCUGCUCUGCCUAACUAGAAGGAUUUGACUAUUGUUUUUUUGGUUUUAUUCCAUUAGAAGAACUCUUGCCAACUGAUUUGUUAAUAGCAUCAUGUACAUGCUAAGAUGUUGAUGAAAUAGAAGGGAUCAAAUGAUAAGGAAGAUCAUAUAAUAGCACUUACAUAUAAUGACGGAACUCACUUUGCCCCUCAGAGAUGUGAUAACUACUCAUGCCAAAAAAGGUCAGCCCAGGUGGUUUUGAUGUGGAGACACUAGUUGACUCCACCUCUGCACAGCAGCCUCUGUGGCUCUGAAGUGGGAACCACAAGUGUGAUCCACAAACAGUGCUCUUGUCAUUAGUCCUCUUUUUAACAUUGUUACACAAUAAACUACAUUUGUUCCCCUAUUUGUUAAUUCAUAUUUCACAUUUUAUUUUACUCCAAAGUCUAUGCCAAUUAUCAUCUGACCUGCAAUAACGCCACAGACACACAUUGCACACUAGCCAGUUAUAUCAGCCUUGAGUUAUUAAAAGUCACUAUUAAUGUAAA